AUGAACAAAGAGUUUAUCAUGCAGGGCGGUGCGCCCAUAACCACAGAAUUGGCUACGGAUCUACGAAACCUCGUCUUUGGCACCUCCGCGAUUCCCAUGCGCGCCGAGUGGCUGCAAACGUCUUUUGUCUUCGGCACGGCCAAGGAGGAGCUGGCCUAUGGGCUACGCUCUCCCCGCAAUGCUACCCGUGGUCUUCUGUCUGUGGUGCAGGGUUUCGUGCUAAAGUAUUUACUCUUUGCCCGCAAGAGUAGCCGAGCGGCGUCCUUAGCAGAUCCUCUUCUAGCCACCGCGGAAAUGCAGCGCGAAGCGCUCUUUUGCGCUCUGCUAGAAAUUCUACGCAUCAUUUCCGACAAGGGAAAGGUGACUAUGGUCCUGCCAUCGGAGGAUGAAGUCUUUGUGGAUCACAGUGCCAGUUAUUUUCACGAUUCUGUGACCGAAAAGCUGUACGUCUUCACCCUCUCGCCCAACGAGGAACUGGAGCAUUUCUUGAAACGGAACUUUAAAUACUUUUCAGAGGAGGAAACACCGGGUACUCUGCUUUUCCUUUAUAGUGCCGUACUCACGCGUUCGAUGGGAAAAGUGCGGACGGAUCUGGAUUCGUCGAAAUCAGCACCCCUGACGAUGAGUAACAAUGAAGAGGGUUCUCUAAUGAUAGUUACGCUGCUGUUGACGGGCCGUGCCACGCCCUACUUACACAACGGUGUCGUUAAUGUGGGCGAUGAGAACAGUUAUGCGGUUCCACAAUAUGGUGUUCUAAAGCGUUGCAUGAUCGGAUUUCUGCUCUGGGACAUAGAAUCAUCGAGUGCUGCGGUGAAUCAGUCGCGUCAGCCGGGGUCUCGUUUGAAGACACCCAACUACCCCAUAUGGAUUACGAGCUGUACCGGACACUAUGGCGUGAUAUUCAAUCGGAAUCCGGAUCUGUUGCGCAACUAUCACGCCGAGUCGCGUUUCGAUGUCAACUAUUACAGCUGUUCGGGCCAUCAGAUACGGAUGACUAUCGACAAUCGGACCUACAAUGAGCAGGCAUUGGUCAUGUUGGAGCGCCAACCAAUAACGCCGGAGGGUACCUCAUUAUCGGGCAAGGAUGAGCAAGGCGCUGCGGCCGGAGCCGCUGUCGGCGGUGGUGGUGGCGUCGUUGCUGGAGGUGCUGCUGCCGGUGUGGCUGGCGCUAGCGGCAGUGUUGGCGUCGUCGUUGCUGCUAGUGGUGCUAGCGGUGGUGGCAGCGAUGUGGUCGCUAAGGAGGAGUCAACGCUGAAUACGCCAUUGCAGCGUUUGAUUCAUACCAAGUGGGAAGAGGCAACUAUAAGCUUUCACGUGCAGCCAUCGAUGUUGAGUUAUCUUUUUAGUACCACACAGUAG